AUGGCUUCACGCAAUGAUACUCUCUCGCAACACCUCGGCUUUGUCCCUCCGGUUGGGCGGAUCCACCUUCCUACGCAAGUAUCAGGCCACGUUCCGGACUAUCAUCGACGCAACGAGCGGCCGGUUGUUAAAUCAUGUGAAAUUCCAUUGGGAAUGCGUGAUGUUUCUCUUAAGGUUGGAUGUCCUUCUCGAUGCCCUAUUGGCGUUAUGAACGUUCCUAUCCAUCAUUCUCCUCCAUCAGCUGUGAUACAUUCACAUGCCAAUUUCAAAGCAUCAAUUCAGCCAGAGAAGGCCGGAGACACCAAGGACUUCUACGAUCGGUGCUUUGCAGAGGCUGCUGCAAUCAAUCUUUUCUUCCCAGACGUACGAUCUGAGGAUAUUCGGAUUUGCAUGACAGCCUGGCUGGCUGCAAACUGCGCCGGCGACGAUAUUCUCGAGGCUAUGCCACCUGAUGCCGCGAUCAUUGCCCUAGACGAGACUAUCUUGAAGCUUCAAGGAAGCAAAACAAACGUCUCCCCGACAAACAACGUGGCAUCGAUCCUGUGCCUGUUCCAUGAGUAUUGCGUUCAGCACCUGAACCUCUCCGAGAGUACCGCGAAAGAGCUGAGCAACGACAUAUGCGACAUGUGUGAGGGCUUGCGGGAGGAGAUCCUCUUCCGACAGGGCAUACUCCCCAACACACUGGAGACCUACCUGCGAUUCCGUGGCCGAACAAUGGGAAUCCAUCCAUUUUUCACAUUGAUUCGCACGCUACAUCAACCAAUCAGCAAGGAAUACCACUCCGACCUCCUAGAGCUCCAAAAAAGAGUUAGUCUGGUUCUCGGCCUGCAAAACGACCUCGUAGGCCUAGAGAAAGACCGCCGCAACGGCGAGCCCAUGAACGCAGUCCUGGUAUCCCUGAAAGAACAAGCCGAAAAUGACACAGACCAAGCAACCAGACUCCUGCCUAAAACGGUCGAGGAGAUAUGCGAUAUCCACAACCUGUGCGUUUCUGCUGCAGUGGAAAUGCACGAUGAAAUCCAUAACACAUUGAAAGCGGACGUCCAUGUGGCGAUCCUCGAGACAGCAGUGUUGGCUUUUGCGGAUACGCAUUUGAAAUGGUGUGCUUCUUCGAAACGAUAUCAGGCGAAGGUGGAGUAG